AUGAACCUAGAUUCCAUUCAUCGAUUAAUUGAGGAAACUCAAAUCUUCCAGAUGCAACAGUCGUCGAUCAAGCCACGCUGUGACAAGGAAGCUCCUAGCCCCUGCCCUAGGGACACCUGUGGUUCCUGCUUGCCACCUUGUGGGCUAUCUUCUCCUGCAGCCUGUGAUUUCAGUGCUCAUCCCUUCAACACCAACAAAUGGGAUAUUUGUGAGGAACUCCGCCGGCGCGAACUUGAGGAAGUCAAGGCCAGGGCGGCUCAGAUGGAAAAGACCAUGCGCUGGUGGUCAGACUGCACUGCCAACUGGAGAGAAAAAUGGAGUAAAGUUCGAGCCGAGAGGAACAGUGCCAGGGAGGAAGGAAGACAACUCAGAAUAAAACUAGAGAUGGCCAUGAAGGAGCUGAGCGCACUGAAAAAGAAGCAAAGUCUGUCACUUCAAAAGGAGGUGACAGAAGCCACAGUAACCCAGGACCUGGAGCUUCCUGGCUUUGAAGGGUCUCACCACCGGAAAGAAGAGCUUCAAACUAGUUCAGCAAUGUGUGGCUCCAUCGGUUUGGAGAAAAGACAACUUGUUGAGGAGGAGGACACAAAGAGUAAGGAAGAAGGUGUGGUUCUUGAUUCAUUAAGAUUAAAUGAGGAGAUGAAACCAAAUCCAGAUUGCACUGAUUUGUUCAGGAAGGGUGGUUUUGGAAGCUGUGCCAUGAAGCCUGGGCUGAGACUGCCAGCAGGGAACCUGUCCCCAGAGAAUGCAGUGACUAAAGUCUCAGCCUGGCAGCUGCCUUUGGAAGACUUCCAAGAAAUCCUGUGGAAGGAGAGAGAGAUGCGUGUUGCUCUGGAAAAGGAGGUAGAACGCCUGGAGUCAGCUCUGUCCCUGUGGAAAUGGAAGUACGAGGAGCUAAAGGCCUCCAAGCAGGCCAACGUGCAAGAGCCUGACAUUCUUCACAGUCAACAUGAAAGUGAAACAGGAGGAAUUUCAGGAGAUAUAAAGGAAAAAUCUACACCUCAAAACAGCAAGGAUAGAGUCAUCUGUGAGCUAAGAGCAGAGCUAGAGAGAAAACAGGCUGAAAAUACAUUGGAAUGGGACAAGAGAGAGUUGCUGGAAACUGAAAAACAAGGAUUGGAGAGAGAAAAUAGAAGGCUAAAGGUCCAGGUGAAAGAAAUGGAAGAGCUCCUGGACAGGAAAAGCAGAUUAAGUGACAACUUUCAAGGUCCUGAUUUCAAGACAUCCUACAGUGAACUACAGGAAAAGAACAAGGAACUGUUGGAACUUCGACAUGCUUAUCAAAAACUAAGACAGUACCAGGUGAAGGUGGCAGAACUGAAUCCUGCAAACAGCCCAGUGGAUCAGAAUGAGGCAGAAGCAAAGAAACUCAGAUUUCAAGUGGAAGAACUGAAACUGGGACUGAACUAA